CAUUUUUAUUUUAUAUGGACAGAGAGUAGAGUAGAUUCAAAACAUGCUAAACAACAAAAUCUUAUACCAGAAAAGAAAGUUUCACUCUAUUCCUCUGCCCCUCUGAAUUUUUUAUUUUUGCAAAUAAAAGACAUGAAUCUGAGUCAUGUGUUGUUAUUAUCCAUUUGGAUUUUCUUCAGCUUCUGUUUGUUCUCACCUGUAAUUCUCUCUAGACCCGAUUCAACUGUCUCCUCCAUAUCUGUGCCUGGUCUUUCUCUUGAGGGAAAAAAGCCCAUUUCUUUUUCUCAGUUCUCUGCUCAAAUGGAAGCUCAAUCUCCAGGAAUGCCAGUGGUUGUAGUGCAGCACCAGGAUUUGAACAAAAGAAUUCUUAUUGCUCUUAUUGUUGCAUCCAGUCUCCUUGGUGGUAUACUGCUGUUUCUGUUAUUUUUCUGUCUCUGCAGACAGAAAAAAUUGAAGAAACCUAACUUGGAAACUAAAGAAAACAUUGAUGCUGUGAAUACUACAUCAAACCGAAGUUCAGAUCGAUUUAGUUCCUUGAGGAUGGCUGGUAGGAAGGGAUCUAUUGCUGUCAUUGAAUAUCAAUUUUUGGAAGCUGCAACAAAUAAUUUCCAGGAGAGUAAUAUUUUGGGGGAAUGUGGCCAGGGACGUCUCUAUAGAGGCUCGUUCGAUGAGACAUUCCUUGCAGCCAUAAAGAGGUUGGAUGGUGGAGGGCAAGACGUUGAUCGAGAAUUUGAGAAUGAGUUGAAGUUGUUGAGUAAAGUCCAGCAUCCUAAUAUAAUAAAUCUUUUGGGGUACUCCAUUCAUGGCAGAACGAAAUUGCUUGUAUAUGAAAUGAUGCAAAAUGGCUCUUUGGAGAAUCAAUUGCAUGGACAUAGUGGUGGAUCGGUUCUAACUUGGCCUCUUAGGUUGAAAAUUGCCGUUGAUAUCGCUAGAGGACUAGAAUAUCUUCAUGAGCACUGCAGCCCUCCAGUAAUACAUAGAGACUUAAAAUCAUCGAACAUCCUUCUGGACUCCAGCUUCAAUGCAAAGCUUUCCGACUUUGGCCUUGCCGUGUUUUCUGGAACCACCCAGAACAAGCCUGUAAAGCUUUCCGGAACUUUGAGCUAUGUAGCUCCCGAGUACCUGUUAGAUGGUAAACUAACUGAUAAAAGUGAUGUAUAUUCUUUCGGAGUUAUUCUUUUGGAGCUUCUAAUGGGAAGAAAGGCAGCGGAAAAGGUGUCACCAUCUCAGUGCCAAUCUAUAGUCACAUGGGCAAUGCCUCAGCUCACUGACAGAGCAAAGCUUCCCAAAAUUGUGGAUCCUGCAAUAAAAGACCAAAUGGAUCUGAAGCACCUAUAUCAGGUUGCUGCUGUUGCCGUGCUAUGUGUUCAGCCCGAACCCAGUUACAGGCCAUUAAUAACUGAUGUCCUCCACUCCCUCAUCCCUCUUCUGCCUGUUGAGCAUGGAGGGUCACUAAGAAUCGCAUAACUAAUGCAUUCUGUUCUGUCUUAUACAAUUCCUGGGCAUGUCUUGUUAAUUUUUUGUUCUCAACAGAAGUUAGAGAUGCUGACCAGCUCAUGUUCGGAAGCUGUACCAAAUUCUUCAUUCUCUCGGCAGAGCUCACAGACCCAAGUUCUGAAAUCAUUCUUUUGGCAGAUGAUCACUCUUUCGUGGAUCAGAUGCAGCAGGUACAUCAUGCCAUGGAAAAUGUUAUUUUUGGUUUUCUGCUGUGACAGUUGUAAAUUGAAAGUUACAGUUUCGUAUCAGUCUUCUGAACAUUAUUAGGUUAGUUAUCAUAUCUCUUUCUGACAGCCAGUAGAUUAAGGUCUUGUUUACUAUGUGUAGGGUUGUACUUUUGAAAGCAAAAAACAAAAAGAAAUUUCAUUUAAGAUGCAUGGAGAGGAUUCUGAUAUUUGACCCAUUCAA